AGAUGGCGCCCCGCGCCCGGGGGGCCCCUUCCUGAGCGCCCCGGCCCCUCCCUCCGCCGCCUCCCCCUCCUCCCUGCGGCGCCCCCGCCCCGCCCCGCCCCCGCCGAGACCCCGACCCCGGCCCCACGGGCGGACACUCGGCCGGGCAGCCGCGGGCUGAGCGCAGCCGCCUCCGCCGCCGAUGCGCCUGGUGGCCAGACUCCAAGUGGGACCGGCGGACACGCAGCCUCGCGUGUCAGGGGAAGCUGAUGGAGAAUCGAGCUCUGGAUCCAGGGACUCGGGACUCCUAUGGUGCCACCAGCCACCUCCCCAACAAGGGGGCCCUGGCGAAGGUCAAGAACAACUUCAAAGACCUGAUGUCCAAGCUGACAGAGGGCCAGUAUGUGCUGUGCCGGUGGACAGAUGGCCUGUACUACCUCGGGAAGAUCAAGAGGGUCAGCAGCUCUAAGCAAAGCUGCCUCGUGACUUUCGAAGAUAAUUCCAAAUACUGGGUCCUAUGGAAGGACAUACAGCAUGCUGGCGUUCCAGGAGAGGAGCCCAAGUGUAACAUCUGUCUGGGGAAGACAUCAGGGCCGCUGAAUGAAAUCCUCAUCUGCGGGAAGUGUGGCUUGGGUUACCACCAGCAGUGCCACAUCCCCAUAGCGGGCAGUGCCGACCAGCCCCUGCUCACACCUUGGUUCUGCCGACGCUGCAUCUUCGCACUGGCUGUGCGGAAAGGCGGCGCGCUAAAGAAGGGCGCCAUCGCCAGGACGCUGCAGGCCGUGAAGAUGGUGCUGUCCUACCAGCCAGAGGAGCUCGAGUGGGACUCGCCCCACCGCACCAACCAGCAGCAAUGCUACUGCUACUGCGGCGGGCCCGGAGAAUGGUACCUGCGGAUGCUGCAAUGUUACCGAUGCAGACAGUGGUUCCAUGAGGCCUGCACCCAGUGCCUCAAUGAGCCCAUGAUGUUUGGAGACCGGUUUUACCUGUUCUUCUGCUCCGUGUGUAACCAGGGCCCAGAGUACAUCGAGAGGCUGCCCCUGCGAUGGGUGGACGUGGUUCACCUGGCCCUCUAUAAUCUGGGGGUACAGAGCAAGAAGAAGUACUUUGACUUUGAGGAGAUUCUGGCCUUUGUCAACCACCACUGGGAGCUCCUGCAGCUUGGCAAGCUCACCAGCACCCCCGUGACAGAUCGAGGACCGCACCUCCUCAACGCUCUGAACAGUUACAAAAGCCGGUUCCUCUGCGGCAAGGAGAUCAAGAAGAAGAAGUGCAUCUUCCGCCUGCGCAUCCGUGUCCCACCCAACCCACCAGGGAAACUGCUGCCUGACAAGGGACUGCUGCCAAAUGAGAACAGCGCCUCCUCUGAGCUGCGUAAGAGAGGAAAGAGCAAGCCUGGUUUGUUGCCUCACGAAUUCCAGCAGCAGAAAAGGCGAGUUUAUAGAAGAAAAAGAUCAAAGUUUUUGCUGGAAGAUGCUAUUCCCAGUAGUGACUUCACCUCAGCCUGGAGCACCAACCACCACCUGGCUAGCAUAUUUGACUUCACGCUGGAUGAAAUUCAAAGUUUAAAAAGUGCCAGCUCAGGCCAGACCUUCUUCUCAGAUGUCGACUCCACCGACGCUGCCAGCACCUCUGGCUCUGCCUCCACCAGCCUCUCCUAUGACUCCAGAUGGACAGUGGGCAGCAGAAAGAGGAAGCUGGCAGCCAAGGCAUACAUGCCCCUGCGGGCAAAGCGGUGGGCAGCUGAGUUGGAUGGACGCUGCCCCUCGGACAGCAGUGCAGAGGGGGCUUCGGUUCCUGAGCGGCCAGACGAAGGCAUUGACAGCCACACAUUUGAGAGCAUCAGUGAAGAUGACUCGUCCCUGUCCCACCUCAAGUCAUCUAUCACCAACUACUUUGGUGCGGCUGGGCGGUUGGCCUGUGGGGAAAAGUACCAGGUGUUGGCUCGAAGGGUCACACCUGAGGGCAAGGUUCAGUACCUGGUGGAGUGGGAAGGGACCACCCCUUACUGAAUAGCCCUCAGGGGGUGCCGGGGGCCCUGAAAACCAAAGGAGGGGCAGCAGAAGCCAUAGGCUCCCCAGCUUUCUCCAGGCUAGGGUGGGAGAAGGAAGCAGGACAGAGCUGCAAGUGCCUGGCAGAAGGCCCUGCCCGCCUGCCUGCCUGCCCAGCCAAGGCCUGUGUCUCUCUGCUGUACCAGCUCUGCCCCAGGGCCUCCUCAGGCUCACCACCCCUGUGCCUGUGUCUCUACACGCUCCACACCCCCUCAGACUCUGUUUGUCUCUUCCUCUGACCUUGUGUCCCCUGCUCUGGGACCCUUCCUCUUGAGGCCCAGGUCUUUGUCCCAGUUGUGUGCCUUGACCUCUCUCGCCCCUUUGGGUGUGUUUGCACAUCCAGGCCCUCCACUGGAUACCUUUCACACCUGACUCAUGGGGCAACCAGUCCUCCAGGGACUACAUAACAGGUGCCUUUGAGAGAGCAUAGGAGAAGAUGGAUAAGAGGAUGCCGCUCAGUGCUUUUCUCUUCCACUUUCCGGCUACUCCCCACUGCCCUUGGAGAGAGGUGGCGGGGUGGGAGAAAGCCCCUUUGAAAGCCUGCAAAGAUCUGAAGAGUAAAGGGCUGUGUCUGCCUCAGAAGGCACUAGCACCAGGGCCCAGGUAUUAAGGCUGAGAGUGAAGGCUGCCAGUGUCAGCUUUGGAGGUUCCAGAAGUCGUCUCUUCCCUGCCCACUCUCCCUUCAGUCGCCACAGAGCUGGGCCAGGCCUUGUUGGAAUGGAGGCAUCCUUCAAAACCUGGGGGACCAGGGUGGAGGGUGGUAGUGGUGGGAGGGAAACCAUGUCAUGCUAAACCUGUUUCUGGUGCCUCCCAUCCCCAGACCCACCAGACACCACCCAGCAGACAAUACACACCCACUCCCACAAACUUCCACCCAUGUGUGUUGUACUUUCUGCCCUAGGCACACACACAGCCACACCACCACAUGCCCAGGUGUACACAGAGUCCCUCUGGACCGGCUGGCUCCACCCUUGGCUUCCCCAUGGCCCUCUAUAUGGAAUGUGAAAGCUCAGCUCCCGCCCCUUUUAGCCCGUCAGCCACCUUUGGUCCCAUAGGGAAGCAUAGGGGACUCACCCUCUUUCAUAUCCCUUGCCCUUCCCUGAAACGGACAAUCACUUUUUUGGAUAGGUUGUGAUUUUUAAAGGGCCUGCAUCAUUCCAGUUCCCUCAAAGAGAAGCCCUUGCCAGUGGGGGUUUGAAAGAGAAUUUUUGGAACUAGCAUUCAAAUUCUGCCUCAUCUGGAGGGAAACCAAAAUUGGGAGGGGGAAGAGGACCCCUCAUGUUUUGCUGCUUCCAGAGAUAUUAGAAACUGACUCACUUGAUUGGAAAAUGGACAAAAGUGCCUUGAGGUGGAGGGUGGGCACCAGAUGGGGACCAGCCUUGCCAACUGCUGCUGUGGCCUCCAGCUUGGCUGGUUUUGUGGGCCACCAGCAGGAAGGCGAAGGUGAUAGUACAGCAAGAGGCACUGGUGGGGCAGCAGGCCUGCAAGAGCUGUUCUCCAUUACUAGGCCUGUCCCCUCUACCUGUGAGCAUUCAGAGGGUCCCUGAGAUAGUUUAGAUGCCCCCCAUCUUAGACCUCAGCUCCCACAGUGCCUUUUAAGAGGGACCUCACCUCCUACACACAGCCCACCCACUUUACUCUGCUUCCCUGGCACAGCCCAGGCAUAGAUGAGCUGGCCUUGGACCCAGUUCUUCCCCCUUCUCAGCCCCACAGCUGCUGCCACAGGGGCCAACUGGGGCCAGGUGGAAGGGGAGCUAAGAAGCCAGCCCCUAGCCCAGUGGUGCUGUGGGACCUGGGAUCCAAUCUGUAGCUUCCUGCCUGGUUUCAGAGAGCCCAGCAACCUCCUAGGCCUGCUUUCCAGAUUUCUGAGACAGCCUGGGAUGAGCAAUCCUGUUACAGUACAUCUGGACCUUCCCUACCUGGGCUCCAGAGAGGCUCUGGGCUUGGAGAGGGAAAAGCAGGGAGGGGGUGUCUUCACCACCUGGGAGGACAGCACAAGGCCUAAUGAGGUCACCCUGACUCCCCACCCCAGCAUUUCAUUCAUACCAGAUAAUAGCUGCAUUACUGCCAACUGACCUUAUAACCCUCUGCACCUUCAAAAACAUUCAUGGUUUUUAAUUGCUGCUUUUAAUAACAUUUGUUAAAGUUAUAA